GGGCUCGACAAACUACUGGGCACUCGCGGAUCUGCCGUUGUGUUGUCAAUGUCACGUAGCUCUAAUCAGUAAACGUCUAUUAAUACGUCAACCUGCGAACUCGUCUGCAAUGCCAAUUUUCAUAAAUGUUUAUAUCUUGUGCACGUGCCUUGCCCGGUGGUGGCUUGAACUCGUCGGCGGCUCAACAACACUCCAUUUUUCCAUCUACAACGUCGAGUGCAAGUCCCACGUCCUCCCCUGCUCUUUCCCCCCAUCUCCGAACUCGUUCCUACAGCUGCCUGAGGUCGCGCCUCCUCAGUUUAAGCGUCGCGUCACCGUGCCCUCGAUCUGAACCUUUGGUAAACCAUCAUGCCCACCGAAACCAUAACAAAACGCCUGCACAUAUCUGGUCUCACAACAACUGCCAUCACACCUGCUGAUCUUGCCAAGCGACUCGGCGCCUUUGGCAGGGUAAUCUCCCUCGAUGGCUUUGGCAAACUCGAUGCACUAGGCCAACCGAGGCCUUUCGGCUAUGCGACGAUCGAGGGUACCAGAACAGACGUGGCGAGGUGCGUAAAUGUACUCAGUGGAACAGUAUGGAAAGGCGCCAAGCUCCGUAUUGGAGAUGCAAAGCCUGAUUUUCGUGAACGGCUCGCUUCUGUUCCCACUCCACCACCCAAAAAACGGCGCGUCAAUUCCAAGGUAGGCACCUAUGCGCCUGACAUGUCACUGGUCACGCCAGAGACAGCAUGUUCCCGAGGAGGAUGGAAGGUCACUGAGAUGGGACGUGUAGUCAGAGUCAUGCGGAUGAGACCUGAUAAGCCAUUGGAGCCACCUCGGGUACUUACCAGUGCAGGGAAGAAGUAUGACAAAGACGGAAAACUUGUGACAGGCAAACGCAAAAAACGCGUCAAACUUCCCCUCGCGCGUGCGCGGCGCCGGACGAUCGAUCCGACGCGCUGGGACUCAACACAUCUGAAGGGUAUCUGGUUGGAUGCCGAGGUAGCGGGCCCUGUGGAUCUUGCACAACACGCUAGUGGGCCUGUGGUCCCGAGAAAACGACGUGAUGAGGCGGCCGAGAACGACGACGACGAACAAGACACCAAAAGUGCACCUAGUAGUCCUCUCCCAUCACCAGAGUUGGCGCCCUUUCCCAUUGCUCGUUCACCUGUAACUGAAGCUGCGACUGGAGCAAUUCCCUCCCUCACGCAAGAAAAACUCACUUCUCUUGCAUUCCUUCGUUCCCUCUUUGGGGACGGGGACGAAGGAUGGGGUGGACAGGAGAGCUUGUCUGAUAUUGAAGACGCGCGUCUUGAGGGUAAAGGUAAGGCAAGGGUGCCUCAGGCUGGCACGCGGAUGGAUGUGGAUGAGGGUGAUAUCGAGAUUGAGGAAGUUCCGCAUGAGAACUACAAGGAUAUAGAAUUGGAAUCAGAAACAGUAAUGUCUACGCUCAACUCGCAAUCUCGUCCUACGUCCACAUCAACGCCGUCUGCUCAGAAUCAGAAGCAAACACAACUGAAAGAUCUGUUUGCGCCGAGGGAGGAGGAAGCCGGAUUUUCAUUAGUCGGUCAUCUCGAUCUGGACUUUGAGGAUGAAGACUUGCUCGGGAUUUCAGAUCUUCCCCACCCAACCCAAUCACAUCACACGGUACCUCACGCAGUCUCAGUUCCUCGUGAGCAGCCACAAGAGCACCCAACGCUAGACUCAAAUUUCCCCUUUUUCUUCCCUCUCCCACCAACCCUCCGUUCGCGCUCCUAUAACGCGAGAAAUGCACCUCGAGAUAUAUUCUCCCUCUUCCCUCACGGGGACAAAGAGAAAGACAAAAACGGGAAGCCCUUCUGUCGCACCCAAACUACCUCCGAAAUUCACUCCCAAUGGGAGACCCAAAAAGGUGCGCUGACGAAGGAGUGGAAGGCUCGGUGGAGAGAGGCUUCGAAGGGGAAGAGAGGAAGGGAUGAGUGAAUGCGCUAGACUCAGAGAAUUUGGAGUUAGAGGGCUCUUGUGCUAAGAGUAUCUCUCUGGAGUCUGUAUUGCGUGCACCAUGAAAUAGUGCACCGUGCCUUCAUCUUACAUGCUGAAUACUUUGAACCUUUAACUAGCCACGAGGAACCUCAAUAUACUCCACUUGCGAAGACG